CCGACAGUAGACUUUUUUUAGAAAAACAAACCUAAUUCACAGCUAUUCCGAGAGAGGUCUCACUUUAGCAAGUGGCGUUCCAAAACUCACUGACAAAGUUAAAUCUCGCAAUUUUCAGAAAUGUAGACAAUUUUUGGAUAGUUCUUGCUAUUUAAUUAAUUAAUUAAUUAAUUCAACUUCUUUGCUUAUCUUCUCUCUGCCUUCUGGAUAGAUUUUACGCUUCCGUGAUGUGCACGUCUGUUGGCAUAUUAUAGGUCAUGCACCAGCGGUUCUCAUUGCGCUGAAACCGAGACCGGCGUCGUCGUCGCAGCGGCCGGGGCCGGGAACGAUUCCGCUGCACUGACCUGACAACACAAGUAAUUGUUAUUAUUGACAGAGCGAUAAUGUGAGCUGGAAUCGACGGCGCGUUUCUGUGCGUACUCGAGGGCGCGUUUGGCCGGUAAGUGCCGCGACCCAAGCGUCGGCCCCGUCGAGAAACCGCGGAAUUUCGUGCAGGAAUUUAUUCAACGGAGACGAUAUUUUUUCUGUCAAACUUGUCGUCACACGAGGAUACGCGAGGUUAUGUGAGGCUCCGCGAGCGGAGCGAGUGAGUGAGCUCGUCCUCCCGCUGCUCGCCGUCGCUUCGUGGCGAGUCACCGCAGGAUGGGCCAGGGUACGGAGACGUGCGCCGACCGGCCCACGGAGGUCAGCGUCAUCAGAUUCGUCUCGCGGAAUCGCACCAUCGAGGAAAUCGCACCGAAAAAGGAAAUAUACACUUGCAAACAACGAGGUUGCGGUAAGGUGUUCACUAAUCAAGAUGAAUAUAAGACGCACGAGACAUUAGAGGCUUUGAAAAUUCGAUUCAUUUGUCGCGAGCCUGGUUGCGGAGAAGAAGUGUCAGAUCCAGGUAGCAUGUGGCGACAUUAUCAAGAAUGGCACAACAAUGAAACAAAUGUCUUUGUAUGUCCGUACACUAAUUGCGGAUCUUUGCAAUCUACUAGUGGCAAUCUUGAGGAGCAUAUUGAAAGUUGUCAUAGACAACCGCCUACACUGCCAACGGAGCCUGAGAUAAUUUGUUUCGAAGGCCCCGAAAAUGCGAUGGACGAAGAAGUCAUGCAAAAGACUGACGAGGGAUGUUAUGAACAACUGCCAAGCGAAAACUUUACCAUAAAGGAAGAAUAUGGGAGUUUGGAAGAAAAUUGUCCUAUUAGAAACGAAACUAAAAUUCAGGUGAAGAGCGAGUUUUGUCACGAGCAGAAUAAGAUUACGACUGCUACAAAUAACGAGGACUACUCGAAUAAUGAAUCUUUGAAUGGUAUUAACAAGUUAACUAAUAAUGAAGAUCUGCUUAUGAUUAAAGAUGCGUUCUUACGAAAAUACGAUACUGGAACACCAAAGUGCGAAGAGAUCCUUCAGGUGGAAUGCACGCAGGAUAAGAAUAAUGUGGUUUAUAUAAAUAGCGACGUAACCAUUACAAAAAAUAUGAAAACGGAAAUAUGCAAUUUAAAUAUACGAAAUCAGGAGCAUAGAAUAGAUUUAGGAAACAUGGAACGAGUUUUUCGGAGCGGUCUCGAGCGCGAGAAUCCUUUGAAAAUCGAAGAGAGCUCCAUAGAAACAAAUAGCACGUGUUCGGAAGACGAGGAGUACACCCCAAAGAAGCAACGCAUGUCUAGGUACAAACAGGAAACAUAUAAAUGCGACGUCAACGGUUGCGGAAAGAAGUACAAAUACAUAUCGCACUAUCGUCAUCAUCAAGACAGUCAUAAAUUAGUCACGAAUACAAUUAAUUCCAAUGCUGGUAAGCAAAUGCCAAAGGUAAAACAAGGGAAGGCGUCUACGGUCAGCUUUUUCAUAUGCAAAAUGCCUGGCUGUGGUGCGCAGGUGAACAACGUAACUGGCCUAUGGAAGCAUUAUCAGGACAAUCAUGCCACGUCCAAGCCGCCAGUUGUACAAACUACCAAGAACAAUGAUGUAUUUCAGUAAAACGUUUGCGAAUCGAUUUUAAUAUUACGCUCGUUGCGGGCGGCGCGCACGCAUAACGCAAAUAAUCGUAAUAAGCAGGUAUUUCAGAGGCAAGGUACCGGAAUGUGAGGUAGCGUUAAACGUUGUACAAACAUGUCGAUCAAGUUCACUCCGACAAUUCCACCGAGCGACGGAAUGGAAAGACUGGCAAUGGGAGUAGCAUUCAUUUUGCCGAGUUAUCGUGCUACUGCCCAGUAGAGAAAUUUUAAGACUGAAUUCGCCAAGCAUAAUAUUAAUUUGAACGAUUACGCUGGAAGCGGCGACGAACGCACUACUCACAACGCUAAUAAUUAAAAGGAAUUUUCCGGAAUUAACUCUAAUCUCACGGGGAGAGGCCUCCCUUCGUUUGCGACAUGGAAUAGCGAGAAAUCACGGUAUAAUUCAGAGUAUUUUACAGAGAUUAUUAUAUAGCCAAUUUUACGCGACUAAAUCGCUUUAAGCUUACGUGUUUGGUCUGUAAUUGAACGCUGUUAACUAUGGUCGAUAGACUCUUGUAGUAGCUGUGACAUGGGCUUUGUAGGAUACUCUGACAUCAAUCAGUCAAAUAUUGUUGGUAUCUAAGAGAAGUUGUCGAGCAGCUUGGUGUAUGUUGUGGCGAAACGAAUUAGCAGCUCGAAUAAAUAGAGAAUUCAGUCCAAGAGUAUACAUAUAUCAUUCUAUAUGAAUAUAAAUUUCUCUCGUCGCUAUAAGAGGCUAAAUCCGCUGCAGCGACCCGCACUUAUAAUAACGAGACUUCUGAUUCUCUGUACUGAUUUUUACUAUUUUAUAUUAUGUCGUUUUUAUGUAACUUAUAUUCCUUCUAUACCGAUAUAUUAUAUAUAUGUCGAUUUACUGUACCAGUGUAUAUACAUACACACGUAUACAUAGUUG